CGCUCCUUUUCUCACUCUACAAUCAAACAUCAUCUGCAUGCCUCGUCACGUCCAAACACAAUCACAGAACGACGUGCUCGUACAAGAAGCAAUCACCACCCUCCGUCAGACUAUUCAAGACGACCGUCAUGUGUCACAUUCCUCAACCUACCACCUGUUCAAAGACCCAGUCGAGAUCAACAGUCUGAGAAAGGCCCUUCUCGACUGGUACGAUGGCCACCAGCGUGAAAUGCCCUGGAGGACUCCUUGUGGUUCCAAAGCACAGUAGACGUCUAGCGUAUUGCCGCCAUCUGAGAAGGAAGCGGCACAAAGGGCAUAUGAAGUUUGGGUCAGCGAGGUCAUGCUCCAGCAGACCCAAGUAGCGACCGUUAUCCCAUACUAUAAAAGAUGGCUUCAGAAUUGGCCUACAAUUCACGAUCUGGCAAAGGCACAUCCAGAAGACGUAAACAAGGUGUGGUCGGGGCUCGGAUAUUAUUCACGUGCUAGAAGACUACAUGAAGGUUCCCAACUCGUCGUCCGCAAAUUUGAGGGAAUCCUCCCUCGCGAUGCGAAAUCUCUCGAAAAAGAAGUUCCCGGUAUUGGACCAUAUACAGCAGGUGCAAUUGCCUCGAUUGCUUAUAACCUACCGGCACCACUUGUGGAUGGAAACGUCGUACGUGUAUUGUCCCGUCUGCGAGCUGUCGCUGGAGAUCCAAAGGGCAAGGAUGUGAUAUCAUUGCACUGGUCUUUAGCCAAAGAUAUUUUGGAUCCGGAUAGGCCCGGUCACUUCAAUCAGGCAUUAAUGGAUUUGGGAGCUACGGUCUGCACGCCACAAACCCCUGAUUGUGUUGCGUGCCCCAUUAAGGAGUUUUGUCGUGCGAAUGCUGAGCAAAGGGCCCAGAUUCUCCUUGCAAAGCAAAAGUUCCUUGGUACAGGGAAUGUGGAUAGCCCAGCAAUGAGUACCCUGGAUCUUUGCAAGCUGUGUCCUCCACUGAUGGACAUUGAGGAAAGUGGUGUCAAGCGAUAUCCUGCCAAGGCAAAGAAAAAGCCUCCGCGAGAAGAAGUUCGCGCUGUGUGUAUCUUGGAACACGUUGGGGCACAUAAAGAGUCAAAAUUCCUGCUUGUUCAGGGACCAAAGGAAGGCUUGCUAGCAAAUCUUUGGGACUUUCCUAACAUUGAGCUGCAAUUGCCAGAGCCAAGCACUGACGGGACAGGUGGAGCAUUGCAAAGCAAGUCGGGUUCGGUUAUAGAGAACAUUCAAUACGGCACGUGGAAGACAGCUAUAGACGAGUGGAUGGGCACACAUCUGAAUAUCAGCCUUUCGUCAUUGCAGGAUGAGAACAGAACAAGAGCGGAAGUCACUGUCAUAGAUCGGAUGGAUUUAGGCUCGACGCUCCACCUGUUCUCGCACAUUAAACGUGUGAUGGUGGUGGAACACGUCAUCAUCACCGGCGAAAUCCAGUUGCCCUCCAACGUGACUGCUAAGACUAGCACAUCUCCAGAGACGCUCAUCAAAGGCAAAUCCAAACCUAGGAAUGCAAAAGAAAAAACAGCGGAUACUGGGGUUGAGACUCGGCCACUACGAUGGUUUACAGAGGCUGAAAUGAUGGGUGAUUCUGCCGCUGUUCCCGCAACCUUGAAGAAAGCAUUUGCCUUACUCGUCAAGGCUAGAAACGCAACCAUGAAAACUAGAAAGGCGCCCGGGAAUGCACAAAGAAAGAAACGGAAAGCUGUGGAUGAAGACGUUGAGGAUGAUGCUGGAGAUGUUAUUCAGCCAGAGCAAUCCACGCCAUUAGCAAAACGGACCCAAUCCAGUAGCAGUAGAACCACAAAAGUGGUGAGAGCUAAACAAUCAAGGAAGGGCGACGUCAGGGAUGCAGGAUCUCAAUUAAAACAGUCGGGAAUAGCCGCAUAUUUGACUCGCCAGCCAUAGAGAAUGAAAGAGGAACCUGGAAGUUUGUAGUUGUUUGACGCUAGAUUUUGGACUUUUCGACCUAGUAUGUAUAUAUUGAUCGUUUCUAGAACUAUACACUGGAAAUUAGUUUGGCGAUACAUUUUAUGCUAGAGUAUGGGACUUCACGGGCAUUAUCUGCUAUUCGUGCAGAUGGCCACAUUCACGUGAUACAGUUUGUUAUGAACGAGACCUUUCGAAUAUAAGCCUUCAGAUAUACAUCCC